AUUUAUUGCAUUCACGUGCGAGGCUGCAGAGUUUAACCCUUUCCUAUCUGCUGCCGUCAACCAAACACUCAGCAGCAACGGCAGCAGCGACUAUGGCAGCCGGGCAGUGAGACACAUGUCACCGCCGUCUGUGAGCCCGACACUGUCACUGGAGCCCAGAGAGGACACAUAGGCAACAUGUCUCGGCACAGAAAUGUCCGAGGUUACAACUACGAUGAAGACUUUGAAGAUGAUGAUAUGUACGGACAGUCUGUGGAUGAUGACUACUGCUGCAUAUCACCAGCAACAGCAAAUCAGUUCAUCUAUUCACGCCAAGAGAGGCAAGCACCAAAGGAGGAGACUCUAGAAGAGGAAGAAGAUGAAGACGUUCAUAUCUCCCCUACUGUCAGCCACAGCCUUGACCCUCUUGAUCAAGCCAAGUUAUAUUCGUGUCUGGACCAUAUGCGGACAGUGCUGGGAGAGGCAGUACCAGAUUCAGUCCUGAGCCAGGCCGCCAUAAAACAUGGAUUCGACCCACAGAAGGCCCUGGAUGCAAUCCUGUCUGAAGACGCUAAAACAGCCCCAGUUCAAAGAAGUAAUGAUGAGAUGGAUGUGGUAGCAAGAGUUGGCCAGGAGAAACCUCCACUUCCACAAAGAACCAAACAAGAGGCCGUGGCUGAGAAAGGAGCCUUCUUGUCUGCUUUUCACACUGACAUUAAAUCCGAGGAACAUAAAUCUCAGUCUGAUGGGUGCAAAUGUACAACACCAAGUUUACCAAACUUGCAUGGUCUCUUAUCUCAACAUAAACCUGACCUAGUAUUUAGCAGCUCUGAAAAUCAAAAUGUCACCCAUCAAAAGGUUGCUUUAGGCGUUAGCAGUCUGGCACAGCUCAUGUCUGAGCAUGGGCAGAAGAGUAAGGGAACAGCAGUAGUUGACACAAAGCGAUUGGGUGUCCCCUCAUUAAGUGCUCUCAGCAUGGGACCUAAUUCACCCCCGUCCACCAUGUUAAAUCCCAGUGGUCUUUCAUUGGGAACUUUGGCGUCUUUAAAUACAGCGUCUCACAGCUCAGCUCCUUCGCUCCUUUCAGUUUCACUUAGUAGUCUGUCACUAAACAACCCUAAACUAACAACUUCCAGCUCUUCUCUGGCUGCUCCUCCUGGGUUUGGGAGUCUCAGUUCUGUCCUCCAGAGCAAUCAGCUCUUAGGGGCAUCAGGGACUGGAGGUAAAGUCACAAUGACUGAUAGUAAGGGGAGCCCAUCAUUGGCUGAUUUAAUCCAAGAGCACUCAAACCACAGCCCAAGAAUCGGUGACUCUUUCCCUACUCCGCACAGUAGUAUUGUUUCUGGAAACUGUUCGGGUACGUCACUGUCUGAGCUAGCUUCUCAGCACCAAAACAGAAGUACACACAUUCACAGUCAAUCUAAGAGCACUGAACUCCCUGCAGACACACUUACCUUUCCUAAACCAACCAGCAUUACUUCUACAUUCCUGGGUGGGACAGUUUCACUGUCGCAGCUAGCCUUGCCGCAUCAAACUAACAGUUCCUCAGCCCUCCCUCAACCCAUCAGCACUGAAUCUCCUGCAAAUGCACUGAAACAACCACCUGGCCUCUCCGAGCUGCUCUCUUUGUCAUGUUUGGCAUCUGAACACCAAGACAAAACCUCAACCACCUCAUAUGGGUCACAGUACUCUCUCACCUCGCUCCUUUCACCAGCAAAACCAGAGAGGGCGGAUAUGUUGCCAGAAAGUACUUUAGAAGGUGGUGUCAAGUAUACGCUCGACCACAAACCAUACCACCAGAACUCCAGGCCGCAUAAACCGGGAGAGUCCAUUGAUUUAAGCACACUCAUGGCUCAAUCACAUGGAGUUGGUCCUUGUCACUUCAACACCAAUCUCCCUUCACCGUCCUCAUCAUCUCCAGUUGCCUUGGGUUUAGACUCGUCUGUUUUUGCAACACCUUCAGUAUUUGCCAUCACAUUGUCAACUCAGAGCCGCAGACAACAUUGGAGGAGGAGGAAUGGAAAAAGAAGAUGUCAUCGGACAGGAAGUGGUUACCUAGCCUUCCUCUGUAAACCGCAGGAAAAAUCCAAAGAGCAGCUCAGUCCACUUUCACCAGUUGUACCGUUCCGCUUCGACACACUGUCUCCUGACGACAUCGUCCGUGCCAAUCAACAAAAAGCUUUCACCAGGUAGACGAGAAGAAAUGAAAACACCCAACUGAGAUGCAUCGGUGGUUGGUGUUAACUGAUGCACUCGAGAUGAGAAACUGGCAGCCUUUACUCUUGAACAGAACUAAACCUCAGGGUCAUCAGUGUUCCACAAUCAGUCAUGUGGUCAACAGUAUGACACAAAAGAGAACUGCUAGAAACUGUAUUAUUAUAGAAUGUAUGCAUUUUUUUUUAUAGAGGCACAGUUACAAAUCGUAUCAUUCUACUACAUACAGAACAACAAUGUCAUGGUCAAAAAUUGAGCUCCUCCGAACCAGUUUGGCAGCUUAAAAUUUAUUGCAGCUAAUAUUUUUUAAAGUGUUUUAACAACUUUUAGAAAGUAUUUUCCUCAUUUACUGUUGUUAACCUUUUUUUUCUUCUUUUUUUACAUUUUAAACAUUGAGUCUUAUUUUUCUAUGCCUAAAUGACCAUAGGCUUUUACAUGUUUGUAUGAUAGUAAACUAGUUUAAUCUUAACCUGCAGAAAUGAAAGGAAAUUUAUCUUUUUUUCUUAGGCCCUCUUGUUUUUUUUUCUCGCUCUGAGCUGCAUGAACCCUCAAAAGAGAAAAAGAGGUUGAUUUUUGUUUGCAGGUGCACUGCAGCGAUUGGAAUAUGGAUCAGUUAACCAUUGUACUGGUUUAGUGCUGCAUGUGUUUGAGAUCAUGGGGUUGACUUUUUGGUUUAGAGGACACCUGGAGAUUUUCCCAUGAGAGAGUGAGAACACACACAUACACACACACACACACACACACACACAAAUGCACUUGCAUACAGACAUGUUUUUAUUGUUUGACAUAGACAAAAUGAGUUGAAUAUGAAUUCAAGCUCUGAAUAAAGAGUGUACAGAAUGAGUCAAAAUAAAUGCCUUCAGAGCAGCUGUAAUUUUAUUUUGCUCUUAAAAGCUUAACUAAUAUUAAAAUGUACAUAUGGGUUUGAUUUACACUGGGUUUGUCAUCACUUGCUGCCAGAAGUUAAUUUGUUAAUUUUGAAAUAAAGAUGACUGAAUUUAUGUGC